GUGUCGUUUUUAGUGUGAAUAGGUAGUUAUCACACAUUUAUGGAUGCAUUUGUUGAAAGCGUGUCAUUUCUUUUUUUUUGUGGGCUAUUUUUCACAUUGUUUAGAAACGGGACUGUGGAUUGCGAACAGUUAGCUCGCUAAGCUAAUAGGUCAGAAGACAAAGAUGGCAUCAAGCAGUACAAGCAGUGAGGAAGAGCAGAGCCUCAGAGAGUGUGAGCAGUAUGUCCAGAAACACAACAUCCAGCAACUGCUCAAAGACUGCAUCAUCCAGCUGUGCACGUCCCGGCCUGAACGGCCCAUGGCCUUCCUCAGAGACCACUUUGAAAGACUGGAAAAGCAGGAGGAGGCUCAGCAGAUGGCUUCACAGCAGAAGUCCAGCUCAUGGUCAGACUCCCGUGAGGAUGAAAUUUCACCCCCCAUGAACCCUGUGGUGAGGGGGCGGAGCCGGAGAGGAGCCAUCAGCGCUGAGGUGUAUACUGAGGAGGAUGCUGCCUCCUAUGUCAGAAAGGUCAUCCCAAAAGACUACAAGACCAUGGCUGCCCUGGCCAAAGCCAUGGAGAGGAAUGUGCUGUUUUCCCACCUGGAUGACAAUGAGAGGAGUGAUAUUUUUGAUGCAAUGUUUUCUGUCAACUACAUUGCUGGAGAAACAGUCAUCCAACAAGGUGAUGAGGGAGACAACUUCUACGUUAUUGACCAGGGAGAGAUGGAUGUAUAUGUCAACAAUGAGUGGGUGACCAGUAUUGGUGAGGGAGGUAGUUUUGGGGAGCUGGCUCUGAUCUAUGGGACCCCCCGUGCAGCUACAGUCCGGGCCAAGUCCAAUGUCAAGCUCUGGGGCAUCGACAGAGACAGCUACAGGAGAAUACUGAUGGGGAGCACUUUGAGAAAGCGUAAGAUGUACGAGGAGUUCCUCAGCAAGGUUUCCAUUUUAGAGUCUCUGGAUAAGUGGGAGCGUCUGACUGUGGCUGAUGCCUUGGAGACAGUGCAGUUUGAGGACGGCCAGAAAAUUGUGGUCCAGGGAGAGCCUGGUGAUGAGUUCUUCAUCAUCCUGGAGGGGACAGCAGCGGUGCUUCAGAGGCGGUCAGAAGACGAGGAGUUUGUGGAGGUCGGCAGACUUGGACCGUCAGAUUACUUUGGUGAAAUUGCCUUGCUGAUGAACCGGCCCCGUGCUGCCACUGUUGUUGCAUGCGGACCCCUUAAGUGUGUCAAACUGGACCGGCCACGGUUUGAGAGAGUCCUGGGUCCCUGCUCUGACAUCCUGAAGAGAAACAUUGAGCAAUACAACAGCUUUGUUUCCCUUUCUGUCUGAGCUUGUCAGCACUCAGACCCUCCUCUCUUCUACUGCAGCACACACCUCUUUUAUUUUCCCACGUAUACUCUCUUUCACAUAUGUAACCACGGCCACAUGACCCCACCCCCACCCCUACCCCAUAAGGUCACUUUAAUACAUCUGUUACUGUUCUUUUUUUUUUUUAAAUUUCUUAUCGUUUUUUUUCUUUUUUGGCUAGACAGAAACAGCUGGGCCAGCCCUAUAAACACAAUAUCCUCAACUGACUGACUGAGGGAUACAGUUGUGUGAUAAAGGUACACCAUUGCUCAGCCGAGUGUUUGACUCCUCCUAUUGGCCUUUGUUCUUUUGAAAUGAUCUUGUGUGAACUGUUUCUCUGACAUCAUCAGGGGGCAUUUACAGCAGAUCCACUACAGUUUUCAGCUACUGUAUUUCCUCAGAAAGUAGGCGUGGCCUCCUUCAGCGAUAAUGUAAUAAAUGUAGUUAAUUUGCUGCAAUGGAGCCGAUGCACAGUGAAUUCGUAACACGACCGUGCUUGCCUGCAGCUCCAGAGCAGCCAGGAAGCCAGAGCGGCUGGAUGACUGCCCGUAACAAGAGGCACAGCACAAAGCCUGCAGUUGGUAUCUAUACAUGGUCCAGUCAUAUACUAGGUUUAUACUUAGUCUUGUUUGUGUAUAUACUGAAAAUCUGUAACCCCAUUACCUAAAAGGUGUUUGAAGAUAUAAGUGAGAUUAAAUACUGGUGUAUGUG